GGAACACACUGAUUGGAGUUUGCAGUAGCAUCCAGAAACGCCCAAACCCUACAUGCUGACCUGCUUUACUCCAUUUACAGCAUUUCAUGUUGUUGGCUAUUCCUCAACAUGAAUCAGUACCUGUACAAGUUCAACCAGUACGUCGGUGCCCUGCUGGGCACAGAUGAUCCGCAGGGUAACUCCCAGGAGAACAGAGGGAAGAUCCAUCACGAUAAGAGCAUCAGGGAGGCCGGGGAGAAGCUGGAGAGCGAACACCUGCCCAUCAAGAACAGAGUGCGGGCUGCACACGACCUCGGCGUGCUGGCAUACACGGGUGGUUACGAGGGCGGUACGCUGACGACAGAGUACAUCCCCAUCAUGCUCCAGCUGCUGUCCCAUCCGGAUGUGAGCGAUGAACACCUGAUCCCUCUGCUGGAGGGCCUGGCCUCCCUCUGGCACGCUCAGCUGGCCAACCAGGCCAAGGCCUGCCAGCUGGGCGCCUCAGCCACCCUGAUGGACAUCAUCUCCCCUGAGUGCUCGCGCUCGGACCUGGUGAAGCGCUGGGCCUGCUACGCCCUGGACAUGCUGUGCAUCAACAACGUCCCCAACAUGCGGGUCCUGGUUACCAUGCCCCACCUACAGGCACACCUGGAGGCUGCCGCAGCCCUGGAUUGGGCAUGGUGGCCAAAGAACCACGCUGCAGUCCUGCUCAAGGUGCUGGGCUUCUGGCCGAGCGAUACGGAGGAGCCAGUGACUGAGGAGGGAGGGGGUGACCAGGUGGAGAUGGAGGAUGAGACCGAGCGAGAGGGCAAGACCGAGGAAGAGGACGGGGGACACAACACCAUACCUGAGGAAGACUGAGCUACAUCCUGUACUUCAGUCUGAGAUUUAUACACGCAUUACAAAAAUAAAAAAACUCCUAGAGAUG